CAUACGCGGAAAGAGGAAGACCGAAAAAUGACGUUGGACGUAGAUGUGUGGAUUGAGAUCGCCAAACAGUGCAAAUAUCUCCCUGAAAAUGACCUGAAGAAACUGUGUGACUAUGUAUGUGAGUUGUUACUGGAGGAGUCUAAUGUCCAGCCAGUGUCCACACCAGUCACAGUAUGUGGGGACAUACAUGGACAGUUCUAUGACCUGGGUGAGCUGUUCCGCACAGGAGGCCAGAUCCCUGACACAAACUACAUCUUCAUGGGUGAUUUUGUAGACAGAGGCUACUACAGUCUGGAGACUUUCACAUGGCUUCUGACACUGAAAGCAAAAUGGCCUGACCGUAUCACCCUGCUGAGAGGAAACCAUGAGAGCAGGCAGAUUACACAAGUUUACGGCUUCUAUGACGAGUGCCAGACUAAGUAUGGUAAUGCAAAUGCCUGGAGGUACUGUACCAAGGUGUUUGAUCUGCUCACAGUGGCAGCAAUCAUAGACGAGUGUGUGCUGUGUGUCCAUGGUGGUCUGUCUCCUGACGUCAAGACCCUGGAUCAGGUCAGAACCAUCGAGAGAAACCAGGAGAUUCCACACAAGGGAGCCUUCUGUGAUCUCGUCUGGUCGGACCCUGAAGACGUGGACACCUGGGCGGUCAGUCCCCGCGGCGCGGGAUGGCUGUUCGGGGCAAAGGUUACUCAAGAGUUUGUGCACAUAAACAACCUGAAGCUGAUCUGUCGAGCCCACCAGCUGGUCCAUGAAGGUUACAAGUACAUGUUUGACGACAAGCUCAUCACGGUGUGGUCCGCUCCCAACUACUGCUACCGCUGCGGGAACAUCGCCUCCAUCCUGGUGUGUAACAGUGUCGACAACCGCGAACCAAAACUCUUCCGCGCCGUACCGGACUCCGAGAGGGUUAUACCCGCGCGAACGACUACUCCGUACUUCUUGUAGACUCCAUCUCUAGUAAUUUUGAAGUGAAUAUUUUCUUGUCAUGCGUAUUACAGUAAAAUACAGGCUUUCUGUUAAAAUGGCUAGCCUCAGCCUCAUAUCUUUAGACUAAAAGGUGCUCCGUUGUAUUUGUGUACUCUGAACUUUUGAACUGUAUGGAUGUACGGUGUGCAUCUUUACUUUGGUUGAGAUUGUUUCCUGUAGCCAUAUGUAUAACCAAGGGCUCUGCCUUACAACAACGUUAAUCUGGCUUUGGGAAGAAAAAUGUCAUUCAAACCACACUCUUAUUUAAACUACUAUGGCAUGUUUGUGAUCUUAAAAAAUCCAAGCAAACAUCAGAUUCAUCAUAUUGUUGAAGGAGAUUUAAUGUAUGUUCCUGUAUGAUUGUCACAUCAGUUAUCAGACUAUCAUAUGAAGAAGCUUUGUUGCUCCUCUUUGGCUGUAUGCCUUAAAUUCCCUGACAAGAUAUCCGUUUUAUGAGGUCAACUUUAUGUGUAUAUUGCAUUUAAGGAUUAUUAUGAGAUGUUAAUGGCAGUGCCUAUUGUAGUGCCUGGUAAAGGGAAUGGUUAGCUUUGAGAAAUCGAGCAUUUUGGGUUUGAGAAAUCAUCAACAUAACUCAGUUACUUUACUUGGGAUUGGGGCAGACAUGAUUGUUGUAAAUAGUUGUUUUAGCAUCACUUGUUGUAACUCUUGAUGUAACUCCAAAAUUGUGAACUUGCUUUCAUGUUAUGUUAUGAAUAGCAGCUGGUAGACAUGUUAUGAAUAUUUGGCAGUCACCCACCUAAUGCACAUUUGGUAUCCUUCAUUUAUGUACACUAAACCUCUCAACUGAAUGUUUUCAUAUAGUACAUGUAUUACACAGUUAACUAUUGAAAUUUGCAGCUUUCAUUUGUGCAUAGUUUAUGUACUGUCUCUGAACUAAUAUUAAGUCUGUUCAUGCGACCUGCUUGCUAAGUUUACUUCUUGCUUGCCCCCAACAAAAUGUUUGUGUCCAAUAUUUCAUGUGUAAGAGAAUGAUAGUGUACAAUAUACAUGUGCGAUGUUUUAAUACUGUCAAGUCUCUGAACAUGCUAACAGCCUGUAUUUUCUUCUGCCCAUAAUAUGUCAGUUUUUAGCAUGUCUGAUGUGUACAUGUAGUCCUUGUUUUACUCAGUAAAAAUCUUUAUGUUAUCCUAAA